GUGGUUAAGUCGGAGGGGGAGAGGGGAAAACACAAACCUGUCAGCGCUCUUACUCAGCGGAGGCCUCCGGAGCCGCCGCGAAGCCCCUCCGAGGAACCCCUUCCUUACCUGCGCAGUCCCCGCCGCACCUGUACCUGCCGCAGCCCCGCACCUGGCCGAGCCGAAGAGCUGCCGCCGGGAGCCGGCGCUUCCCUCCUUAUGCUGGGCGCUGAACCCUGGCCAUGUCCAUUUAGGCGGUUGUGAGUGGAUGUCCCAAGCUAAAGUUCCCAACCCCCAGCUCAUCACUGGCAGCCUGGCAGCCUGGGACUGCAAUGUGGCGGUCCUAGCCACCGUCUGAGAGGAUGUCCGGGGUGUCCGAGGCCCUGAGCCGAGUGAAGGUGGGCACGUUACGUCGGCCGGAAGGCCCCCCAGAGCCCAUGGUGGUGGUGCCAGUAGACGUGGAAAAGGAAGACGUGAGGAUCCUCAAGGUCUGCUUCUAUAGCAACAGCUUCAACCCCGGGAAGAACUUCAAACUGGUUAAAUGCACUGUGCACACGGAGAUCCGGGAGGUCAUCGCCUCCAUCCUGCUGAGCGGGCGGAUCGGGCCCAACAUCCAGCUAGCUGAGUGCUAUGGGCUGAGGCUGAAGCACAUGAAGUCAGAUGAGAUCCACUGGCUGCACCCACAGAUGACAGUGGGUGAGGUGCAGGACAAGUACGAGUGUCUACACGUGGAAGCUGAGUGGAGGUAUGACCUUCAAAUCCGCUACCUGCCAGAGGACUUCAUGGAGAGUCUGAAAGAAGACAGAACCACAUUGCUUUAUUUCUACCAACAGCUCCGGAAUGACUACAUGCAACGCUAUGCCAGCAAGGUCAGCGAGGGUAUGGCCCUGCAGCUGGGCUGUCUGGAGCUCAGGCGGUUCUUCAAAGACAUGCCCCACAACGCACUUGACAAAAAGUCCAACUUCGAGCUCCUAGAGAAGGAAGUGGGGCUGGACCUGUUUUUCCCAAAACAGAUGCAGGAGAACUUAAAGCCGAAGCAGUUCCGGAAGAUGAUCCAGCAGACGUUCCAGCAGUACGCCUCCCUCCGGGAGGAGGAGUGCGUCAUGAAGUUCUUCAAUACCCUCGCGGGUUUUGCCAACAUCGACCAGGAGACCUAUCGCUGUGAACUCAUUCAAGGAUGGAACAUUACCGUGGACCUGGUCAUCGGCCCUAAAGGCAUCCGCCAGCUGACAAGUCAAGAUGCGAAGCCUACCUGCCUGGCCGAGUUCAAGCAGAUCAAGUCCAUCAGGUGCCUCCCGCUGGAGGAAGGCCAGGCGGUACUGCAGCUGGGCAUUGAAGGUGCCCCCCAGUCCUUGUCCAUCAAAACCUCCUCUCUGGCAGAGGCCGAGAACAUGGCUGACCUCGUAGACGGUUACUGCCGGCUGCAGGGAGAGCACAAAGGCUCUCUCAUCAUUCGUCCCAAGAAAGAUGGUGAGAAGCGGAACAGCCUGCCCCAGAUCCCCAUGCUAAACAUGGAGACCCGGCGGUCCCACCUCUCAGAAAGCUGCAGCAUAGAGUCAGACAUCUACGCAGAGAUUCCUGAUGAGACCCUGCGAAGACCAGGAGGCCCCCAGUAUGGCAUCGCCCGGGAAGACGUGGUCCUGAAUCGCAUUCUUGGUGAAGGCUUCUUUGGUGAGGUCUACGAAGGUGUCUACACCAACCACAAAGGGGAGCAAAUCAAUGUGGCCGUGAAGACCUGCAAGAAAGACUGCACUGUGGACAACAAGGAGAAGUUCAUGAGCGAGGCAGUGAUCAUGAAGAACCUGGACCACCCGCAUAUCGUGAAGCUGAUCGGCAUCAUUGAAGACGAGCCCACCUGGAUCAUCAUGGAGCUGUACCCCUAUGGGGAGCUGGGCCACUACCUGGAGCGCAACAAGAACUCCCUGAAGGUGCUCACUCUCAUCCUGUACUCACUGCAGAUCUGCAAGGCCAUGGCCUACCUGGAGAGCAUCAACUGUGUCCACAGGGACAUCGCUGUCCGGAACAUCCUGGUGGCCUCCCCCGAGUGUGUGAAGCUGGGUGACUUUGGUCUUUCCCGGUACAUUGAGGACGAGGAGUAUUACAAAGCCUCUGUGACGCGUCUCCCCAUCAAAUGGAUGUCCCCUGAGUCCAUUAACUUCCGCCGCUUCACCACGGCCAGUGACGUCUGGAUGUUUGCCGUGUGCAUGUGGGAGAUCCUGAGUUUCAGCAAGCAGCCCUUCUUCUGGCUGGAGAACAAAGAUGUCAUCGGGGUGCUUGAGAAGGGGGACCGGCUGCCCAAGCCCGACCUCUGCCCACCUAUUCUCUACACCCUCAUGACCCGAUGCUGGGACUACGACCCCAGUGAGCGGCCCCGCUUCACCGAGCUCGUGUGCAACCUCAGUGACAUUUAUCAGAUGGAGAAGGACAUCGCUAUAGAGCAGGAGAGGAACGCUCGUUACCGACCUCCCAAAAUCUUGGAGCCCACAGCCUUCCAGGAACCCCCACCCAAGCCCAGCCGGCCCAAGUACAGACCCCCUCCACAAACCAACCUCCUGGCACCCAAGCUGCAAUUCCAGGUCCCUGAGGGUCUGUGUGCCAGCUCACCUACGCUCACCAGCCCUAUGGAGUAUCCAUCUCCCGUAAACUCGCUGCACACCCCACCUCUCCACCGGCACAAUGUCUUCAAGCGCCACAGCAUGCGGGAGGAGGACUUCAUCCGGCCCAGCAGCCGGGAGGAGGCCCAGCAGCUGUGGGAGGCCGAGAGGAUCAAGAUGCGGCAGCUCCUGGACAAGCAGCAGAAGCAGAUGGUGGAAGAUUACCAGUGGCUGAGGCAGGAGGAGAAAUCCUUGGACCCCAUGGUUUACAUGAACGAUAAGUCCCCGUUGACCCCAGAGAAGGAGGCCGGCUACAGUAAGUCGGAGUUCACUGGGCCCCCGCAGAAGCCACCACGCCUGGGAGCGCAGUCCAUCCAGCCCACAGCCAACCUGGACCGGACCGACGACCUGGUGUACCUCAAUGUCAUGGAGCUGGUGCGGGCUGUGCUGGACCUCAAGAACAAGCUCUGCCAGCUGCCCCCCGAGGGCUACGUGGUGGUGGUGAAGAACGUGGGCCUGACCCUGCGGAAGCUCAUCGGGAGUGUGGACGACCUCCUGCCCUCCUUGCCGUCGUCUUCUCGGACAGAAAUCGAGGGGACGCAGAAACUGCUCAACAAGGACCUGGCGGAGCUCAUUAAUAAGAUGAGACUGGCCCAGCAAAAUGCCGUGACCUCCCUGAGCGAGGAGUGCAAACGUCAGAUGCUCACGGCCUCCCACACGCUGGCCGUGGAUGCCAAGAACCUGCUGGACGCCGUGGACCAGGCCAAGGUUCUGGCCAACCUGGCCCACCCACCGGCAGAGUGAAGAGGGUGGCGCCCCCCGCCUGCCGUGUCCCUCCCUGCCCCAGCCUCUGCCUUGCCUUCGGCCUCGUGGGUCCUCUGGGGGGCAGGCCUAGGGGAGUCCUUCUUUCCUUGCCAUUUUGCACGACCCCUCUCCUCUCCCCACCCCACCCCCAGACUGUGCUGCUCAGGCUGCAGCUGGACAGAGGGGACUCAAGACUGCAGACACCAGGGGGUGACCAGGAGGGCUCAGAGGGAGCUGGCUGCUGCCUGCAGCGCCAGCCACUCCCCAGCAGCCACUCCUCGCCUGGCCCGAUGGGGGGGUCACGCCAGGGCCCCUAGAGCCCAUGAUGGUGUGCGAGGACCGGGCAGGCCAAGUUGGGAACCAAGCUACUCCUCCCCUUCCUCUUCUGCCCACGGAGGUCCCCUCACACCCCGUCACUGAGGGAGGGCCUGGAGGGGCUUUCUUUGGGGAGGUGUGAUGAGGGAUGGACCUGGCUUUCUUGUACAGUGUAUAUUGGAAUUUAUUUAAUGUGAGUUUGGUCUGGACUGACAGCCAUGUGCCUACGGAGGGGGACCUGGGACAGUCCAGGAACAAGCCACUGGGAGCUGGCGCUCAGGAGGCUAUGGUGCCCACAGCUGGGCGGGAGAAGGGGAGAGAUGAGGCCCAAAGAGGACUUGGAUGGGGUCCGCAUCCCUCUUCCUUCCCCCCUCUGCCCCUUCCUUCUCUUUUCUUACUCCUCCUUUUCUCUCCCCCGUUCUCAUCCACUCCCUCCCUCCCUCUCUUGUGUUUGUGCAGAACAUUCUUUUACCUUCUUUCUAUUUGACUUGGGAAUGAAUUAAAAUUGUACCAUUUG